CCGUUGCUCAGCGGAAGUGUGGGUCGCAGGAGGACGACUCUUGGAAGAAUCCGCUCGCCGGUGUGCGCCCAGCCGGAAUCAUGUCGAGUUUGGCGGUGAGAGACCCGGCAAUGGAUCGAUCACUGCGUUCCGUGUUCGUGGGGAACAUUCCGUAUGAGGCAACUGAGGAGCAGUUGAAGGACAUUUUUUCGGAGGUUGGUUCUGUUGUCAGUUUCCGGCUGGUAUACGAUAGAGAGACGGGAAAACCCAAGGGUUAUGGCUUCUGCGAGUAUCAAGACCAGGAGACCGCGCUUAGUGCCAUGCGGAACCUGAACGGGCGGGAGUUCAGCGGCAGAGCGCUGCGGGUGGACAAUGCUGCCAGUGAAAAGAACAAAGAGGAGUUAAAGAGCUUAGGGCCUGCAGCGCCCAUCAUUGACUCACCGUAUGGGGACCCCAUCGAUCCAGAAGAUGCCCCUGAGUCAAUUACCAGAGCAGUCGCUAGUCUGCCCCCGGAGCAGAUGUUUGAGCUGAUGAAGCAGAUGAAGCUCUGUGUCCAAAACAGUCACCAGGAAGCUCGAAACAUGUUACUCCAAAAUCCUCAACUGGCUUAUGCGCUGUUGCAGGCACAAGUAGUGAUGAGAAUCAUGGAUCCAGAGAUUGCUCUGAAAAUUUUGCAUCGCAAGAUACAUGUCACACCACUGAUCCCAGGCAAAUCUCAGCCUGUCUCUGGCCCCGUCUCCGGCCCUGGUCUCUGCCAAGGACCUAAUGUUUUGCUGAACCAGCAGAAUCCUCCAGCUCCUCAGCCUCAGCAUUUGGCUAGAAGGCCUGUGAAAGACAUUCCUCCUCUGAUGCAGACCCCUAUCCAGGGUGGAAUUCCAGCCCCGGGGCCAAUACCAGCUGCGGUUCCUGGACCUGGUCCUGGUCCCUUGACUCCUGGUGGAGCAAUGCAGCCCCAAGUUGGAAUGCCAGGGGUUGGUCCAGUGCCUUUAGAGCGGGGGCAAGUGCAGAUGUCGGAUCCUAGAGCUCCUAUGCCUCGUGGACCCAUGACUGCUGGAGGCCUACCUCCUCGAGGACUGUUAGGAGAUGCUCCAAAUGACCCACGUGGAGGGACUUUGCUUUCAGUCACCGGAGAAGUCGAGCCCAGAGGCUAUCUUGGGCCACCUCAUCAGGGUCCCCCAAUGCAUCAUGCCCCCGGUCAUGACAGCCGUGGCCCUUCCUCACAUGAGAUGAGGGGAGGGCCAUUAGCUGAUCCGAGACUGCUAAUUGGAGAGCCCAGAGGACCCAUGAUGGAUCAAAGAGGUCUACCUAUGGAUGCUAGAGGUAGUAGAGAUUCUCGAGGAAUGGAGACCCGAGCCAUGGAAACUGAGGUCUUAGAGACACGAGUGAUGGAGAGAAGAGGAAUAGAGACCUGUGCAAUGGAAACCAGAGGGAUGGAAGCAAGAGGCAUGGAUGCAAGAGGCAUGGAAAUACGGGGCCCUGGCCCCAGUUCGAGAGGCCCUAUGACCAGUGGAAUCCAGGGUCCUGGUCCCAUUAAUAUGGGGGCAGGUGGUCCUCAGGGACCCAGGCAGGUCCCAAGCAUUUCAGGUGUGGGAAAUCCUGGAGCUGGCAUACAGGGAGCAGGCAUGCAGGGGGCGGGCAUGCAGGGGGCAGGCAUACAAGGAGUGGGCAUGCAGGGAGCAGGCAUACAAGGAACAGGUAUACAGGGAGCUGGCAAGCAAGGUGGAGGCCAGCCUAGCAGUUUUAGUCCUGGGCAGAGCCAAGUAACUCCACAGGAUCAAGAAAAGGCAGCUUUGAUCAUGCAGGUUCUUCAACUGACUGCAGAUCAAAUUGCCAUGUUGCCUCCUGAGCAAAGGCAGAGUAUUCUGAUUUUGAAGGAACAAAUCCAAAAAUCUACUGGAGCUUCUUGAAAUGUUCUAGAAAAUAGUUGGCAGUAAUCUCAGAAAGUUUUUUUAUUGUUGUUUGUGUGUUUCGUAGCAUGGAGAAUGGGUGCAAAAAAAGCUGAGUUCUGCACCCCCACACUUGAAUGAUUAGGGAUUUCCUCCUGCCAGAACCUAGUUUCAUUUCUUCUUCUUGUCUUUUUUUUUUUUUUUCUGUUUUCCUUUUUUAUGUUUGUUUGGGGUGGCGUGGGGGGUCGGGGGGUGGUCUAGAGGGAGGAGGGAGUGGGUCUGUUCACUUUAAUUCACUGUAAAUACACACAAAAUAACUCUGAAAAUGAUUGUAUUAUACCGUAUAAGAUUACAAAGAAUAUGCAGCAAUAUUAAAAGUGUCUACAAUAUGUUAACUACAUUUUUUAAAAAUAUUGAGUAAAAUGAUGUGAAAUCUGCACAUAAAGACUAAAAGAUGACCUGUUAAAUGGUAAUGUACCAAGAUAGUUUAAGAGUUUUGGUUGUAUAAGAAAAUAAAGAAGUUUACCUCAAAAUUAUAAGAUCUAUAUUUUUGGUAAGUCAUUUAAAAUACAAAAUCCUGUUUUGAGGGCAGUAGAAUGCUGCAUUGUAAGUGCUUUGGAAUUAUUUAGAAAUGUUAGAGCUAGCAGGAUAAGUGUACACUUGUGGUAUUGAAAUUGUUUUUUCUAAGGCUAUACUACCUGAAAAAUCAAGGAAUGCAUCUGGUGUGAUGUUUCAUUUAUCUCACCCUUCAGAGACCAGCAAUAUUCUGGCCUGGCCCUGAACAUGAUUUUGCUGGGACAGUUCUAGGAUCAACCAGGUACUUAAGUCUGCUUUGAUGAGACUCAGUAUUACUAUCUUCUCAGUACCUUCCUAUUUCUUAGUAGUCUUUAAGCCCCAAAUCUGAAUCUGAGUUAUUCCCUUACAUCCUUCCCUAAGGUCAGUGUCUAGGGACCAGUUUAUCUGGAUGAAGUAUACACAGCAUUGGGCUUUUUCAUAAACAGCAAAGAGUUUCAUGCAGUGGAGCUCCGCUUCUUGGCAACUAGUGUCUAUAUACAAAUAGUAGCCAUCUGGUCAACCAGAAUCAGGAGUUAAAAAUUUUAGUCUCAGCAACAUUUAACAUGUCUUUUAGCUUUCUUAUUUCAAAAUCUAUUUGUCUAUCACCAUUUUAUUAGAUUAAUUGAGGCCCAGGUAGGUAGAGAGAUCUUUGUAGCCUAAGCUCUGCACAGUUAGUUUACUCAUUACUUUUUAUAAAUAAUAAAGCCAUUUAGUCCGAAUAUACAUACCACUGAGACAUAGUCAAAAAUGAGUAGAAAGAUGGGGCUUAUCACAUUUCCUUUAGAGCUACUACCUAAUCUGUUUUUAAGCCAUGAGAAUGUGGAAUGUGAAAAUUUAUGUCAGACUGUUAGUAAUUAACAACAUAAACACCUAAAUAACCAGGUGAUCUUAUUCUGGAGAAGGAAAACUAAUAGCUAGUUACAGAGAAAAAAUGUCAUUUGAUACAAGGAGAGAGCUGAGACUAGGAAAUUGAAUUAUUUUUCCCCUUGCAAAGUUUUUACAUUUUAAAUGGGUAAUUCACUCUAUUUUUACAAAGUUGUCAUCUCUACACUGUUUCUGGCUACCUAUUUUAUUCUUGUUUUUAUUGCUAUUCAUACUGUUAAUUUUCUCAUGUUUUUAUAUGCUUCCCCUGUGUUAGAGGGGAUAACUCUGUUAUAACUUCUUUACAUAUAUGAUAGUUUUGGAUUAUACUUAUUCACAGAGUUGGUUUCAUUACUUUGAAAUUAUAGUUGCUUUAUCCCAAAGCUUUCAUUGAAUGACACUAAAUGAAAACUAUUAAAUGUUAUGCUCUUUGUUGUAGUAAAUCUUUGCAUUGUUUAAUGCAGACUUAAUAAAAAGAAUGUACAAUUAAGUCUCAA